UCAGAGGUGGGACUCAAUCGGAGCAGUGCACUCUGGGAGGCUUGUAGCUCAGGAAGAAAAGCAUGCAGUCAAUUAUUUCAAGAAAUGGAUGUGAAACUCCAGAGCCAGUGAAAACCGAAGUGAAAGGAUCUGUCCCUUCCUGGCUGCAGGGCACCCUGCUGAGGAACGGGCCUGGGCUUUUCUCUGUAGGUAACUCUGAGUACAACCACUGGUUUGACGGCUUGUCGCUCAUCCACAGCUUCACCUUCAGCAAUGGUGAGGUGACUUACAGAAGUAAGUUUCUGAAGAGCGACACCUAUAAGAGGAACAUCAAGGCAAACAAGAUUGUUGUCUCUGAGUUUGGCACCAUGAUCUACCCUGAUCCUUGCAAAAACAUCUUCUCCAGGGCAUUCACACACCUCCAGAAUGUCAUUUCUGACUUUACUGACAACAACUUGAUCAACAUAAUUCGUUAUGGUCAGGACUACUACGCUUCCUCCGAGGUCAACUACAUAAAUCAGAUUGACCCUAACACCCUGGAAACUAUCGGCAGGAAAAACUACAGGAACCACAUUGCCUUGAACCUAGCAACGGCUCAUCCACACUACGAUGAGGAGGGCAAUACGUACAAUAUGGGGACUGCUAUUAUUGGUUUUGGCCAGCCAAAAUAUAUGAUCUUCAAAGUCCCAGCUGAUGCCUCAGAUAAAAAUCACAAAAAGUCAGCGCUGAGGAAAGUGCAGCAGAUCUGUUCAGUCCCUUUUCGCUCCUCACUUUUUCCAAGCUACUUCCACAGCUUUGGCAUGACUGAGAACUACAUUGUGUUUGUGGAGCAACCUUUCAAACUGGAUAUUGUCAAACUUGCCACUGCCUACUUCAGGGGGGUCAACUGGGGAGGCUGCCUCAAAUUUGAUCAAGAUGAUAUGACUUUUUUUCAUAUCAUCAAUAGAAAAACAGGAAAGGAAAUCUCCACAUGUUUUCAUGCCGAUGCCCUGGUGGUUUUUCACCACAUCAACGCCUAUGAGGAUGACGGCCAUGUGGUGUUUGACCUGAUCAGCUACAAGGACAGCAACCUGUACAACAUGUUCUACCUGGAGAACAUCAAAAAAGAGACUAGCAACUUCAUCCAGAGCCAUAAGAGCUUCUCCCCACCAUCCUGCCAAAGAUUUGUUAUUCCGCUCAACAUCAACAAGGAGUCUCCCAGGGGAUCUAAUCUGGUGACUCUGACUGACACAACGGCUCAGGCAAUUUUGCAGGAGGACGGAUCAAUCUAUUGUCAGCCAGACACCCUUUUUAUAGGUUUGGAGCUGCCUGGGAUCAACUACAAAUUCAACGCUAAAAAGUACAGAUAUUUCUAUGGGUCCAGGCUAGAGUGGUCUCCUCAUCCCAACAAGAUCGCCAAGUUUGACAUUGUUGAAAGGAAACACGUUGAAUGGGUGCAGAAAGACUGCUAUCCUUCAGAGCCAGUGUUCGUCGCAUCUCCCGGAGCUGUGGAGGAAGAUGAUGGAGUCAUCCUGUCAUCCAUUGUUUCUGCGGAUCCCAGCAUUUCUCCGUUCAUGCUCGUGCUCGAUGCCAAAACGUUUAAGGAGAUCGCCCGAGCCUCCAUCCCCACCACUGUCCACAUGGACCUCCACGGACUUUUCAUUCCCGCUGCUGAUUCAUCAUAGAAUUGAAUCUUUUAAGUAAAGUAGACAAUGAAGUCAAACUUAUUUUUAUAAAACCUUUUAAGCAAUGUCCAGUGUUAACAGUGGACACAAAAAAUCUACUGUUACUCGCUUUACCUUUGCUAAUCUUAAAGCACUUUAAAAGACAGGUUUAGGGGAAUGUAUAGCAUUAAAAAUGCAAAUGAAGUGAGAUCAGCAAUGUUUGAAAAUCUCAUUAUAGCUGCACAAAGUUUCCACCUCAGUCACGUGUAGAAACUUUUAUGGUAAGUUAACAUUUUUUUUUAUUUCCAGAGAUUUUAUUUCGUAACAUAAAAAUGUUGAGAAAUUAAGCAUAAAACACAAUUACUUUAAUACAUAAAAGCUCUAACUACUCAACUUUUAGACUGAGAUAUGUCUUCUCAUGCAAACAACAAACUUACUGUUUGCUGCCCUAAUUUAAAACCUAAUGACCCGAGGGGUCUCAAGAGAAAAUGGCUACUGUGUGUUAUGUUGUUAUGAUGUCCCAAAUUAACCAACACGAGAUACUCGUCAGACCCCAAAUAUUGCCCUGUGGUUGGGUGCCCCCACUAAUCAGUCAAGUUUUCCUCCAUGUUUCCUUUUGAGGUGUUAUUUCCUAUUCUUCGUCGAAAUCAAGAGUCUAAGGAUGGAGGCUUUUGUUGGCUGUACAGAUUUGUAUUUUGUGAUACAGAGCUAUAUAAAUAAACUAA